UUCAGCUUGUCUAAAAUUAUGUUGGACAGGCAUACUAUCAUAGUCAUUCUUGCAUCCUUUUAUUCCAAAAACAAGACAUUCUUGUAUAUAGUUACCAAGAUUUUGAAGUGCUAAAGUAUGCCUGCUUUACGUUUUGUGUUUUUUUUCUGAAUAUGACUCAAUUUCUGAUCGUACCUACUCAAGGGCAUAAGGAUGAGUUCAACGGUGGAUGCUGCUGUAAGGAAAGGCUCUGUUGUCUUAACAAGGACGGAAAGUAUAACCGAAUACAUAAACAAGGGUGGACAACCCAGAUCUGGACAAUCCGACACUCCAGUGUCAGCUAAUGACAUGUGUGCCCUGGAUGAAUGGCCAUCCCAUGCUCGCCGCUAUCGUGCGCAACUACAGGAUGAAGCAGAUGGACAGAAGAAGAAGAAAGGGCGAGGUGUUGUAAAAAGUGUUAAAGCAGCUCAGAAGCAUUUUGCCAGCGGAUCUGCGAAGCUAAAUAUUACAUUCUCUGAAACGUUGGGUGGUACGAUAGGAAUGAACUAUCGCUCAUUCAAGGAUGAUGUGGUAGUGAUAAUGAAAAGGAAGGUACCACUCAUUGGGGUGAGGAGGUGGUCCGACAUUCACCCAAGUGUGCAUCGACUCAUUGUCGCAGAUGUGAUAGACAGAUGGGACCUAGAAGAUACACCGGAAACUGAAGAGAAAAUUCUCAGAAUUGCGCAAGAGCGAUAUAGAGGCUGGCGAUCGACUCUAAGCUCCACUUACAAGGCAUUCAAAACAGAUGAUGCUAGAUUGGCUAAUGUUCCGGAAGACUUACAACCAGAAGAGUGGGAAUGGAUGAUCAACUACUUCGGCAAUGAUGAAAAAUUCCAGGCACGCAGCCAAGUGAACUCCGAUAAUCGCAAGAAACAGAAAACAAAACAUAGAGUUGGAUCAAAAUUGUACGCCCAACUAAGUUUUGAGAAGAGAAACUUGGAAACUGGAGAAGAGCCGGAUUGUGUUGCUCUAUGGGAACUCACACACACGAAGAAUGGAACAUGGUCUAACCCAGAGUCCCAGGAAGUUUAUGACAAAGCACGUGAAGUGGUGCAGAACAAAGAAACUGAAACAAAAGGUCCACUAUCAACUGAGCAGAGAAACAAUGUUUUUCAGACUGCAUAUAAAGACACAGUUUAAUGCAAGUCAUCGCAGCCUCGUGGCUACGGGUACAUGGCCAAGCCCAAAACUGGUUCUGAAAGGUUUCGGAUGCAGAUUGAGGACCAAGCUCGUGUUGCAGCUGAAACCCUGCAGCGAAACUCCGAGCUCAGCCAGCAUGUUAGCGAAUUAGAAGAACAAUUAGAAGUUGAGCGUGCAAACAUGCAGCAGAGUAUUGACUUCGAGCGCUCUGAGAGAGAGCAACUUGAGGUGAGGUUGCAAGAAGAGCGUGAUGCAAGAGAAAAAAUGGUGGAAGAGGAGCGAAGAUCAAGGCUCGAAUUUGAAAAAAAUUUGAUGGCAAAGUUCCAACAACAGAUGGCUAAAUUUAGCCAACAGAUGGGAAACCAACAGGUGCUUAAGAAGAGGAAUGAAAAAGAAAAUAUUAAUUCAAAUUUGCAAACCACUCUUUUAAAGAGCUCUAGUCCUAACAGAAAUCUAGGAGCAAAGUCAAAUUUGAUUUCUACAAAUUCACUCCUACAAGCUGCAACAUUGAAUUCUCGAAUGUACAAAGCAAUGGACUCAAAGACUUAGCUGGACAGAUUUGCAUGGUAGCAAUGGACUCAACUCGACUCAACUCUGCUGGAUUGCUACAUUUUACAUUAGUUGCAUUUGAUGGAUAUUUGAUAUGAGAAUUAUGAUUUGUAUGAACCUAUAUAUUAUACGCGUGGAUUUGAAUUUUGUAAUUCAAUGGUUGUAUUUUUUUUUAUGGUUGCGAUAAGCUAUUGCCACAA